AUGAGAAAACGAGAAUACGGCAAAACGAAAAUAUGGGAAAACGCAAGUAUGGGAAAAUCGCAAAACAGGGAAUCAGUUGGUAGGAUGGGUUCAUUAGUAACGCAAAAAAAACGCAAUUAUGGGAACAAACGCAAAUAUGGGAAAAAACGAAAUUACAGAAAAAACCCAAAUGUGGGGAAAAACGCAAAUAUGGGGGAAAAACGCAAUUAUGAGAAAAAACACAGUUAUGGGAAGAAACACAAUUAUGAGAAAAAAAGCAAUCAUGGGAAAAAAACGCAAUUAUGGGAAAAUACACAAAUGCAAUUAUCAGAAAAAACGCAAUUAUGGGGAAAAACACAAUUAUGGGGAAAAACACAAAUAUGGGGAAAAACACAAUUAUGGGGAAAAUGA